CCGAGGAGAGCAGAGGAUUACCCACAGGACAUGGCCUCUGAGACCUACAUGCCAGGCCCUGUGUGCCUCGUUGAGAAUGUGAAAGGACAGCUGAUGGUGAACCAGGAAGCUCUGGGGAUCCUGUCCGCCAUCUCCCAGCCCGUCGUGGUUGUGGCUAUUGUGGGCCUGUACCGCACAGGCAAAUCCUACCUGAUGAACAAGCUGGCUGGGAAGAAAAAGGGCUUCUCUGUGGGAUCCAUGGUGCAGUCUCACACCAGAGGGAUCUGGAUGUGGUGUGUGCCUCAUCCCAAGAAGCCAGACCAGACUCUAGUUCUGCUUGACACCUAUGGUCUGGAAGAUGUUGAGAAAGGUGACAAUCAGAACGAUUCCUGGAUCUUCACCCUGGCGAUUCUGCUGAGCAGCACCUUAGUGUAUAACAGCAUGGGAACCAUCAACCAGCAGGCCAUGGACCAACUGAAGCAUGCCACUGAACUGGCAGAUCAAAUCAGAGCAAAAUCCUCACCCAACACAAGCAAAGUUCAAGACUCAGCUGACUUUGUGAGCUUCUUCCCAGACUUUGUGUGGACCCUGAGAGAUUUCUCCCUGGAAUUAGAAAUAGAUGGAGAGUCCAUCUCUCCAGAUGCCUACCUGGAGAAUUCCCUGAAGCUAAAACAAGGUUCUGAUGAAAAAGUUAAAAAUUAUAAUCUCUCCCGACUCUGCAUCCACAAGUUCUUCCCAAGGAAGAAAUGUUUUAUGUUCAAUAGACCCGCUCAACGAAGGAAGCUGGCCCAGCUGGAGACACUGCAUGAUGAUGAGCUGGACCCGGAAUUCGUGGGCCAAGUUGCAGAAUUCUGCUCUUACAUCUUCAGCUCUUCCAGGACUAAAACACUUCCAGGAGGCAUCCAGGUCAAUGGACCGCGUCUAAGGAGGCUGGUGCUGACCUACAUCACUGCCAUCAGCAGUGAGGAUCUGCCCUGCAUGGAGAGCGCAGUCCUGGCCUUGGCCCAGAUAGAGAACACAGCUGCAGUGCAGAAGGCUUUGGCCCACUAUGACCAGCAGAUGGGCCAGAAGGUGCAGCUGCCCACAGACACCCUUCAAGAGCUGCUGGAUAUGCACAGGACCUGUGAGAGGGAGGCUAUUGAGAUCUUCAUGAAACAUUCCUUCAAAGAUGUUGACCAAGGAUUUCAAAAGGAAUUGUUGUCUUUAUAUUCAAAGGAAAGUGAUCAACUAUGUAGAUAUUCUCAGAAACUCUGACUGCAAAUUAUCAUCACUCCCUGGCUAUUAUUUUAUAACUUCAAUCCCCUAGAAGAAGUGAAGCAAGGAAUUUACUCCAAACUAGGGGGCUAUAACCUCCUUAUGCAGAAAAUACAAGAGCUGAAGAAAAAGUACUAUGAGGAACCCAAGAAGGGGAUACAGGCUGAGGAAGUUCUGCAGAAAUACUUGCAGUCCAAGGAGGAUAUGACUAAUGCCAUUCUACAGACAGACCAGACCCUCACAGAGAGAAAAAAGGAGAUUGAAGUGGAACAUAUGAAAGCUGAAUUAGCAGAGGCUGCCAAAAAAAUGUUGGAAGAAAUCAAAAAGAAGACUCAGGAAAAGUUGGAGCAGAGAGAGAAGUGUCAUCAGGAGCAUAUCAGACAGUUGACUGCAAAGAUGGAGGAGGAGAGGGUCCAGGUAAUAAAAGAGCAAAGGGGCACUCUGGCUCUCAAACUCCAGGAGCAACCCAAUCUCCUAAGAGAAGUAUUCCAAACUGAGAGCAGACAAUUUCUUGCGGAGAUAAACCAUCUUGAGGACCACAUGAAACAAAGACAUGGUGGAUGUGUCAUAUUGCUUUCAUCUGUCAAGGAUCUUAAAUUUUUUGGUUUUUGUGAUGCUGGUCAACUGAAAGAAGGAGAAAGUUCAAAUGCAAAGGACUAUCCUUGUGCUCUCCUGGUCACAAAGGGAAAGAAAAACUACAGUCUUUUGCAUUUUGAAACUGCAGUUUUGCAUCAGCAGAGACCAUGA